AGGGCUGGGAAAAUUGAACCCAGUCAUCCCAUCUGGCUUCCAUCCCGGGAACAGUAGCCCUCCGAGCCGCCCUGGACCGGCGCUCCAGCCCUCCCGCCGCCCGUCACCACGUGACCGCUGCAGUUCCAUGGAUCAAACACAGAGGAGAAUCCUGGACCAGCCCCCUUCCAUCCUCACUGCCCAGCCCAAGAAGAAAAGGACAUCAAUGAUGUCUUUCUUUUCCAAGGUCUCUUGGAAACUCAGGUUCCAGAAACGGGAGCCUCUGAAGAGUGUGUUUUUCAUCUUGGCAGAAAAAGCCCGUGACCCCAGUGCUAAAAAACGGCACAUGGCAAUGAGAGGCCUGGGAACCAUGGCCUGUGAGACCCCGGACAAGGUGAGAAAGUAUAAGAAAAUUGUCCUAGACCUGCUGGUACAUGGAUUGUAUGACCCUGUGAGUUCUGAAGUCAUCCAUGAGAGUAUGAAGACUCUGACCAUCAUCCUGGGCAAGAUCCAGGGGAAAGGUUUGGGCUCCUUCUUCAUAGACAUCACUCUUCAGACCAGGACUUUAUUAGAUGAUGAGAAUGACAAUCUGAGAUACUCGGCCUUUGUCUUGUUUGGGCAAUUGGUUGCCUUCGCUGGGCGGAAAUGGAAGAAAUUUUUCACCAGUCAGGUUAAGCAGACUCAAGAUUCCCUCCUGAUCCAUUUACAGGAUAGAAAUCCCCAGGUUGCCAAGGCUUGCAAAACAGCUUUUCGAGCCUGUUCUCCAUAUCUGAGGCGAAGGAAGGAAUAUAGCUUCCAGAGUGAAGAAGAUCAAAGGAACCCUAAACUCUGCCGGCAGCUGAGCCACUACCAUCCAGAGCUCCUGCAGUUCUUGUACGCAAAUAAAAUUCUGUAAACAGAGCAGCAGGCAAAUGAUUCCCCGGGAGCACAUUGCUGGGGGGCUGCUAUUCCCCCUCUUUUAACUCUUCAAAUGCUUCUGCUUGCCUCUUGUGAUUGUAAUAGAAAAGCGGAUGUUUGGAGAGCAAUUGAUGGCAAAAAUAAUACCGUAGAAUUGUGUAAUUACAGCCAAAGUAAAAUUCUAACUUGCUUUCACAUAGCCCAUUUCCUCCCCACACAAAUUUGAUGAGAAGGUACAUGCUUUCUUUAAAACAUUUAAAGUAUAUGUAGAUUCAAUGCUUAUUUUCCAGCUUUUUCCUUCUUAAGUUCAUCUCUGUCACCUAUCUUUUAUUUAUAAUUUCUGAGGCUUAGGAGAGUAGCACACAUGCUGAGUGCUCAAGGUGGAGAUGCGCAUAGAACUUGGUCCCUGCUCUCAGGCUGCUCAUGAGAUGGGUCUUUCUUAAAAGGAGGGGAGAGAGGAGAAGAAAAGACAAGGAAGGAAGCUGAGAAUCUAACAGGUGUGACCAAUACUGGUAAUCGGUGUGAACAGAAUCCUUUGGAAUUCCAGUCAAUAGAGUAAUUAAUUGAGGGAAUGCUUCACACAUUAUAAUAAACACUAGAGUGUUUUAUAAGGAGAAAAACGGCAGCUGUACAGGAUAGCUAGCAGAUAGGGUUGUAAAUAAGGUAGACACAUAUUUGUGUUUUUCUGCAUUUUGCAAGUUUUCUGCAGUAAACAUGUAUUACCUUUAUAAUCAUAAAGCACAUGCAAAAAUGCUCUUUUAAAAUAAAAAUUAAUGCCUUGUGUAAUUA